AUGACAGAGUUUACGACUGAAAAGAAGGAGGAGUGCGGUGGUGAUCAUGAGGCUGUGAAGACAAGUUUUGAUAAUGGAGUUAUUGAAUUGGAGUCGAUGCCUCAGUUUUCUGCUGAGGCGGAGAAGAGGCUUGUGAGGAAGAUUGAUUUUCGGAUUCUUCCUAUCAUGCUGGUCGCGUAUAUGAUGUCGUUUGUGGAUAAGCAGACGUUGAAUUACUCUGCUAUUAUGGGUCUUUUGACUGACCUGAAGCUGCAUGGUACGGAGUAUAGUUGGACCUCGUCGAUAUUUUAUUUUGGGUAUCUUGCGUUUAGUUAUCCCGCAUCACUGCUUCUCGUCAAGUUCCCCUUGGGAAAAUACCUAGCGUGCACAUACUAUAGUCUCUGCUGGGCCGUUGUCCUCGCAUGUCAUGCUGCUACUACAAAUUUCACCGGGCUCAUGGUCGCCCGGUUCUUCCUAGGCUGCGCAGAAGCCAGCGUGACCCCGGGAUUCGGCCUACUCACGUCUCUAUGGUAUCGCACGUCCGAACAACCUCUUCGCCACGGGAUCUGGUUCUGCGGCAAUAGUUUGUCAUUGGUGCUUGGGAAUGCCAUUGCUGUGGGUAUCUGGCAGAUCAAAGACAGCUUAGCGUCAUGGAAGUGGAUGUUCAUCAUCUUCGGCAUCGUCACAUUCCUUUGGGGCUUCCUAAUGCUCCUUCGACUGCCCGACUCACCCACAAAUGCUUCUUUCCUAACAGACGAGGAGAGGGUCAUUGCCCUGGCACGACUGAAGGCAAACAAAGCCGGUUACAAGAACAAUAAGAUUGAAUGGGAUCAAGUCAUCGAAGCGUUCACAGACCCGAAGACCUGGUUUUUGGCUGUGUUUGUUCUGGGUUGCAAUAUCCCCAAUGGGGGCUAUACGACGUUCUCCGGUCUCAUCCUCAAGGGCUUCGGAUACGACACCGAACAUACCCUGUUACUGGGCAUGCCCGGAGGAUUCAUCGUCUUCCUCAUCAUCCUGAUAUCCUGCUUCACCUCGACCAAAAUCUCCAAUAGCCGCUGCAUAACCUCCAUCAUACUCUCUUGCGUCAGUAUCCUAGGAACCGCCCUCGUCAACAGCACCACCACCAUCGCAUCCCGCUACAUCGGCCUCAUUCUCAUGAGCCUCUACUCCGUCAGCCUCCCCCUCUCGUUGGCCAUGAUCAGCGCCAACAUCGGCGGCAUCACCAAGCGAGCCACCGUCAGCGCCAUAUACUUUAUCAUGUAUUGCGUGGGGAAUAUUAUCGGGCCGCAGCUGUUCUUUGAGAGUCAGGCGCCGAGGUAUCAGAGUGGAUUUAUAGCCGUGUUUGUGUGUUUGGCCGUUGUGGUAGUGGAUCUUGCGGCGUUUGUUGUGUAUUUGAGGUGGGAGAAUGCGAGGAGGGAUAGGUUGGGAACGGGGAUGGGGAUGAGGGAGGGAGAGGAGAGGGAGGUGUUGGCUGAUGUCACGGAUUUGAAGAACCCGGGGUUUAGACCGAGAUCGCAGACGACUAAGCAAUUACCUAGUUAUUCACAGGGCAUCUAUCUUUACUACUAG